AUGGCCCUCCGGAGGAUUUUAUUCUUAAGCAAACUAAACCUCUGCAAGCCUCGCAGCUGUCCAGGUUACGCCGUCAACAAUCUACCUGCUUUAGGUCGCAAUCCGAAGCUCUCGGAACGGUGCUUCCAACAUUUAUUCGGUUGCGCCCGCGCCCCGACAGCGCUGACCCGGUACUCGCGCCCCGCGGCCGGCCGCGUCGUGUGUGUGCGUCUCCCGGGACAACUUCCAGCCAGCGCUUCGCUCUCCGGAGCUCGGGGGCGGUUAUUUGGACAAAGCCGGAGGCUCACGGUGGGGGCCAAUCGAAGGUCUAGAAAACCUAUAUGCAAAUCUGGGCACCCCAAAUUAGGAGGAGUCGGGGUUCGGGAAUCAGGGGGUGGUCGGGCCGUUUGCCAGAGCGAGGUGGGGCGCGAAGGUUGGCAUUGCGAGCCAGCGAUACUGACCGCCCUGCGGGGCGACAAGGGGGGGAAGGAAUCGGGUGGCUGGUAUUUCCCCAGAGCCUCCACCGAAGCUUGGAAGAAGCGCAGACGGCAGCCUCAGAAAGAGGUUGGCACCGAGGAGCGGGCCAACAGUUCUGCGGAAGACCAGACGGAACAUAUCACCCCUGGCUUUGUGAGAGAGAACUCGGGGACGCAGAAAGGGCUUCAGAAUGCCCAGCAGCAAGGCAAGAAGAGGAGGAAGAAAAAGAGAUGAUUGGUGAUCAACUUAUCCAGCUGCCGCUAUGAGAGUGUGAAAAGAGCGAGUAUGGCCUACGGGAGGGCGGGGGAAAGUGACGACUGGACCCUCUACUGGACUGACUUCUCAGUGUCUCUGGAGCGGGUGAUGGAGAUGAAAAGUUACCAGAAAAUCAAUCACUUCCCGGUGAAUGAAAUCUGCCGCAAGGACUUGCUGGCCAGGAAUAUGAACCGCAUGUUAAAGAUGUUUCCCCAAAGAUUUUCACUUUUUCCCAGGACCUGGUGUCUUCCUGUUGAUUGGGGAGAUUUGCAGAACUAUAGUAGAUCCCGAAAAAGUAAGACCUACAUUUGCAAGCCGGAUUCGGGCUGCCAGGGGAGAGGUAUAUUCAUCACACGGACUGUGAAAGAAAUCAAACCUGGGGAGGAUAUGAUCUGUCAGCUCUAUAUUUCAAAGCCCUUCAUCAUUGACGGGUUCAAGUUCGACCUUCGGAUUUAUGUGCUGAUAACCUCCUGUGAUCCCCUCAGGAUUUUUGUGUACAAUGAGGGAUUGGCCCGCUUCGCCACAACCUCCUACUCCUACCCUUGCAUGGACAACCUGGAUGAUAUCUGCAUGCACCUGACUAAUUAUUCCAUCAAUAAGCACAGCUCCAAUUUCAUCCAAGAUGACCACUCUGGAAGCAAAAGAAAGCUCUCCACCUUCAACACGUUCAUGGAGGACCACGGCUAUGAUGUGAAGCAGAUCUGGAGAGACAUCGAGGACGUCAUUAUCAAGACGAUCAUCUCGGCGCACCUCAUCAAGCACAACUAUCACACCUGCUUCCCCCACCACACUGUCAACAGCGCCUGCUUUGAGAUUUUGGGCUUCGACAUUUUGUUGGACCACAAGCUUAAGCCCUGGCUGCUGGAGGUCAACCAUUCCCCCAGCUUCUCCACCGAUUCCUGGCUGGACAAGGAGGUGAAGGACAGUCUGCUCUAUGACACAUUGGUACUCAUCAAUCUGGGCAACUGUGACAAGAAGAAAGUGUUGGAGGUGGAGCGACAGCGGGGGCGAUGCCUGCAGCAGUGUCGUUCUCGGGAGACCAGGAUGAGGAAGUGAAGAGUUUUCCAGGCCAUGCAGCUGGAGAAGACGGAGAAGUAUGAGAAGGAGCACUGUGGUUUCCGCCUCAUCUACCCUGGUCAGAAUCCAGACAAGUAUGAGAACUUUUUCCAGGACAACAACUCAAUCUUCCAGAAUAUCGAUUGCCUCCAGGCUCGGGAACUGUAUGCCCGGCAACUGAUCCAGGACUUGAAGCUCAAACAGCAAAAACAGUUGUUCCAGAAGAGGGAGAAGAAGGUGGAGACGCAGGGCGAGUCUGCGGGUGAGCAGGUGCGGGGCAAGAGCUCCGGAAGCUGGCGGCCCAAACCGCAGCUGAAAUACAAGACCAUCACGGCCACCUCCAAACAAACUGUGUUUGGUUUCCUCCAGCUGAUGACACUUAUGCCCUGCACACCUGAAGUGCCCUCGGGUGUCACAGACAAAGAGAGAAGCGACACUACUGGCAGCAUCAGCCCGGAGGCCCCCGAGGGACAAGCUGGUCUUGCUCCCCACACACCCCCACCUUUGAAGCUUUGCAGUACCGUGGCUGGCCAGAGAAACUCAAGUGAGAACUCCAGGCCAGCCUCGGUGGGGACCACCCUCACCAGCACCUCGAUGAAUUCCACUCAUGAGGGGGUGCGUAUGGGCAAUCAGGGACAGGAAACGGAAAAGGUAUAA